UGUUCAAACAUCGGUUGGCAAACGAACUCACGGAAAUUUUAAACGCUCGAGUGCAGUUAGGGUUAAGGUUCGUUUACUUUAUUAGCGCGCAUGAAGCGCUUUUAAGAAGAUUUUCUUACAGUAAAAAAGUCAUUUGUUAGAUUCAACCAAUUGUGACGAUAUUCACUUAAGAAUGAGAACGGAAUCGCCCAUCGUGCAGCCAUCUUUUUCGAUGUAAUUUCCUCAACGUGACCAUUUUUCGAGCAGACGAUUCUUUAAGUAGUGCAAAAAUAAAAAGACGAAGGAUGUCAAUGUCUACGUUUGACUUGAAGAAACCCAAAUCCUUUAUUCAUUAGGUCAACUGAUACCUGGAUCGCUUCUCUAAAACAUUCGAUAAGCGAAAGUUUGGGAGAGAGUUUUAGCUGAAAGAUAUGGAUCUCUGAGAAUAACAAUGUUACCAAAGUGUGCCUUACCUGGCUUAGCGGUUAUUACGUUUCAUUUCAUCUUGGUGGCAUUUGCAGAACAAAGUUUUGAAAUACUAAAUGAUUUUUCGCUGCUAGCACCAGAGACACCAUCAGAAUCCGUUCCAUCAUUCAAAACUAAGGAAGUGACAUCCACAAGUACUAGAGAAAUUUACGAUCAAAUAUCACCAUCUCGAGAAUCCACGACUCCUAUGUCACGAAUCCUGAAAACAAUGGAUACUUUUCAUUCAACAGACAACGCAUCAUCUACUUUAGCAACAGCACUUUAUGCGCCACCUACAUACAAUAGUGACAAUUAUGCUCAACAUUAUUUAUAAGAAAAAGCGAUUUCACUUCCUUCAAACUUUUAAAAUUCAUACACAUUUUGUUUCUAAUAAUAUUAUUAACAAAACAACAUUGGUUUUACUAUUUGAUUAUUGGUUUUAUAAAUGUGAUGUAAAAUAAUGUAGGUAAAUAGACACCGAGUAAAUAAGUCUAACAUAUACAUAAAAUAACUGGUUUUUAACACUGGGGAAAAAAUUUGUUUUGUUUUCUGUUGCAUGAGAUAUUUUUAACACAUUUUAGAUAUUUUCUCAUUGCUGAUAUCAAAUCUGCAAUUGGUUUCUCUGUGCAAGAUACAGUUUUUAUACAAUUUAAUACUAAAGUUCGAACCAGGAUUUUUUAAAACUCACUCGACUGCCUACUUUUUCUCCACACUUCUCUGUUACGUAGGGCCUGGUAGAAAGAAGGCAAGAAUACAUUUCUCUUUAUGGUGCGAUAAAUUAAUAUCACGUGUUGUUUGUUUGUUUUUUUUUUGUCUUAAGUGCUAUUUUCAAAAGAACAGACAAGUGCAUACCUGCCAACUUUUAAUCCUUUCAAUGGUUUUCCCCAGUGGGAGAAAAUUCGAACUUAAAUUACAAUUCUAGGCAGAAACAUAUGCUGACUUUAGAUAAAGCUUAUCUGGAUAAACACGGGUGUAUUUUAUAUCAAUAUAUAUGUUUAAAUUUUUUUAAAAUAGUGGUGGUCAAAAAAAUUAUAAAUUAAGUUUAUAAAUGCAAGGAAUAUAUAGAAAACAUACAUUUUACUACCACUUUAAAUAUAGAAAUAAAAUUUUACGCCAAAUGCGCAAAAGUUGGCAGGUAUGCAAGUGUUUAUGCUUAUAAACCUAUAUGUUCUUUCUAAACUUGUACAUUUAGAUCAAAAAAAAUAAUAAUAAACUAACUAAAAUUGCAAUUCCAGAUAUACAGAUUUGAAAUUCUCACAUCCGAAUCCGGUAAGAUCAAGUAUUUGUAGAAAUGCAAUAUUUUUUUUUUCUUUUUGUGUAUUUUUUUAAUUGAGGACUUUACGAAAUUACAAAAGAAAUCUGCAAAAAUAAUUAAAUUUCAUUAUUGAACUAUUAAAGUAGCCACAAGGAAAUUUUUUCAUAAAAUUCGUAAAUGGCAACUAUCUAUUUCAUAGACACGCACAAAAAAAUACUUCUUUCAAAUUAUUCAUAAAAAUAAUGGUAUACCGUAAAUCGAGAUUAAGUUGUUGUCUUAGCUAAUUUAGCCAUUUUCUAUGUCAAGCAAGUACUUGAAACAGAUUCAUGAUCCUUCUAUUGUUUCAUUCAUGAAAAGGCAAAAGCGCCAAACAUUUUAAUUUAUCAACUAGACAAUGUUUUUCCAGUUUGAGCGUAGUAUGUCACACUUUUGUUUUUAAGUUUAGCUCAUUUUUAAAAAUUUUAAAAUUUGGAAAGAAAAAAAUAUUGCACAAACACUGGAAUUUGAGAGAAUUUUUUCUUUUAGCUUUUUAGAAAAGAACCAAGGUGCAUGAUUGUUUCCAAUAUAAAAACUCUUUAUUUUGAUCAAAACUACAUAAAAUAUUAAAACUAAUUUGCUUCUGAGUAGAACCAGAUUGUUUUCGCUUUAAUAUUUCAGCAUAAAAAAAUAUCAGUUUUAUCUUACAAUUUCAGAGGAAUAGUAUAGAAUUAAUUGUAAACAUUAAAAAAAUUAAAAUUUAUUGUGCUUUGAUAAGAUAUGUAAAAUCAGUGUAUUAGCUGUUGUUUUCGUAUACAAUUGUAUAUAUAUACCUAAUAUAAUACCUAAACAACUUAAUUAUUUGUUUCUUUUCUUCUGAAAAUAUUUUUUUUUUAAAUUUAGCAGUAACAAAUUAUAUAAAAUUGGGAAAUGAUUGUUUUUGAUAGAAUAUGCAUACGAUUCACAUUUGACUUAUUUUUAGAAGAAAGUGUACAAUACACGUUUGAAACUGAACACCUGAUUAUUCGAAACUGGACUAAAUAGAAAAGCAAAAUCCUUCGCAUUUUGUGUCAUUGAUGCUCACUUGUAUAUAUCUUUGAAUUUCAUCAUAAUGUAUGUAUAUAUUUUAUUUGCAACAUUAAAACUUAUUUUAAACUAAAGGAGUAAAAUCCCUUUUAAAUUCCA